CCGUUUCGCCGACGAGCGAGGCGCCUGACAGCUUGUUGUGGAUAUGGAGCGACCGGGGGGUUCUGUCAGGCCCGUCUCUAACCCGCUGUCCAAGGGUUUAUUGAGCCGCCGCGGACUCUCCAGCCCGGCCUCGGUCCCAGCCGGAGGAGGAGCAGUUGCCGCUGUCGGUGGGACGGGUGUGGUGGACGCCGGCGAGAGAGAGGCGUUCGAAAGGGGGCAGACCGUCAGCAUCAACAAGGCCAUUAAUGCUCAGGAAGUCGCUGUCAAAGAGAAACACGCCAGAACAUGUAUCUUGGGGACGCACCACGAGAAAGGAGCCCACACCUUCUGGUCUGUUGUGAACCGCUUGCCUCUCUCCAGCAAUGCUGUACUCUGUUGGAAAUUCUGCCACGUCUUCCACAAGCUCCUCCGUGACGGACACCCAAAUGUCUUGAAGGAUUCUGUGAGGUACAAGAGCGAGUUGAGCGACAUGAGCCGCAUGUGGGGCCACCUGAGCGAGGGUUAUGGACAGCUGUGCAGCAUCUACCUCAAAUUGCUGAGAACCAAGAUGGAAUUCCACACAAAAAAUCCCCGAUUCCCUGGAAACCUCCAGAUGUCAGACAGGCAACUUGAUGAGACGGGCGAGAACGACGUUAAUAACUUUUUCCAGCUCACUGUGGAGAUGUUUGAUUACCUGGAGUGCGAACUGAACUUAUUCCAGACAGUGUUCAAUUCCUUGGACAUGUCUCGCUCUGUGUCGGUCACCGCUGCUGGGCAGUGCCGGUUGGCCCCUCUGAUCCAGGUCAUCCUAGACUGCAGCCACCUCUAUGACUACACUGUUAAACUUCUCUUCAAGCUCCAUUCCUGUCUCCCAGCUGACACACUCCAAGGCCACAGGGACCGUUUCCUAGAGCAGUUCAAAAAGCUGAAGGAUCUGUUCUAUCGCUCCAGCAACCUGCAGUAUUUCAAGCGACUGAUUCAGAUCCCUCAGCUGCCCGAGAAUCCCCCUAACUUCCUGCGGGCUUCGGCACUCUCCGAGCACAUCAGCCCUGUCGUCGUCAUCCCGGUGGAAGCCUCAUCCCCCGACAGCGAGCCCAUCAUGGAACUUGUAGACAUGGAAACAGCCUCACAGCAGAGUCUGCCUGAGAAUAAGUUUGACGACAUCUUUGGCAGCUCAUUCAGCAAUGACCCGUUCAACUUUAACAGCCAGAAUGGGAUGAACAAGGAUGACAAGGACCAAUUGAUUGAGCAGCUGCACAGAGAGAUCAGCAACCUCAAGGAGGAGCUGAAAAACUUCAAGGCUGAGAGUCACCGCCUGGUGAUGCAGCUGAAGGGGCGGAUCAGCGAGCUGGAGGCGGAGCUGGCAGAGCAGCAGCACCUGAAGCAGCAGGCCCUGGACGAGAGCGACUUUCUGCAGACCGAACUGGAUGAACUGAAGAAGCGACACGAGGACACUGAGAAGGCCCAGCGCAGCCUGACAGAGAUUGAGAGGAAAGCACAAGCGACAGAGCAGCGUUAUGUGAAGUUAAAGGAAAAGUACAGCGAGCUCGUGCAGAACCACGCGGACCUCCUGCGCAAGAAUGCUGAAGUCACCAAGCAGGUGACAGUGGCGAGACAGGUCCAAGGCGAUGCGGAACGAGAGAAGAAAGAACUGGAGGACUCCUUUCAGCAGCUGAGCAAGCAGGCCCAACGGAAGACUCAGGAGCAGGCAGAGGUCUUGGAGACUUUGAAGAGGGAGCUCAUGGCCAGCAAGCAGGAAAUUCAGACUCUCAGAAGUACUAUUGAGUGUAGCACUCAGUCUGAAGUGGAGCAAAGCACCCAGCUGGCCGACCUGCAGCUUGAGAGGGACACCCUUGCCGAGACUGUGGCUGAGCACGACCAGCAGAGGGCAGCCUUGCAGGCUGAAGUGGAGCAGCUCAAAGCUGCACUGGAGAGGGAGAAGGAGAACAGCAGCAAGACGUCGGAAGAGCUGCAGUGCCGCCUGGGGGAAAAGGAGCGCAACGCACAGGACCUCCAGCAGCAGCUCCUGGACAAGCAGUUUGCUCUCCUACAGUGUGCCUUGGGAGAGGCCGAGCAGAUGGUCCAGGAUGCCUUGAACCGACUCGAUGACCCUGUUCACAUCAGCUGCACAAGUUCUGCAGAUUACCUUCUGUCUAGGACAGCGGCUGCAUUGCAGUGCACCAAGCAGCUCGAGGAGGCAUGCGGCCAGUACCUUGCAGACCGGUCAGAUGUGAGCAGCCUCUUGUCGAAUGUGGCUGUCUUUGCCCACCUGACUGGAGACACCAUCCUGCAAGCCAGUGCCACUUCACACAUGGCCCCCAUGGAGCCUGCUGACUUGCUGUUGGAGGCCUGCAGACAGUGUGGGAGUGAGGCCCUGCGCUAUCUAGGGAACCUGAAGGAUUCUGCCUCGCUGGAGAGUGCUGACUGCACAGCUGUCAGGAACAGCCUCAGCCGUAUUGCCACAAUUGGGGAGGAGCUGCGCCCCAAAGGCUUGGAUAUCAAGCAAGAUGAACUGGGGGACCUGGUGGACAAGGAAAUGGCAGCCACAGCAGCAGCCAUUGAGACAGCUGCAGCCAGAAUCGAGGAGAUGCUGAGCAAAUCACGGGCCGGGGAUACCGGAGUCAAGCUCGAGGUCAACGAGAGGAUUCUAGGCUCCUGCACAGGUUUAAUGCAGGCGAUCCAGGAUCUGGUUCUGGCUUCCAAGGAUCUCCAGCGAGAGAUUGUGGAGAGCGGAAGGGGAGCAGCAUCCCCCAAGGAGUUCUAUGCCAGGAAUUCCCGGUGGACCGAGGGGCUGAUCUCCGCCUCGCAGGCUGUCGGAUGGGGAGCGACUGUCAUGGUAGAUGCGGCUGAUCUUGUGGUUCAAGGCAAAGGGAAGUUUGAGGAGCUCAUGGUCUGCUCCCAUGAAAUUGCAGCGAGCACAGCUCAACUCGUUGCCGCUUCAAAGGUAAAAGCGGAUAAAGACAGUGCGAACCUCAGCAAACUUCAGGUGGCUUCUCGGGCAGUCAACCAAGCGACAGCGGGGGUGGUGGCCUCCACCAAGUCAGGAAAGUCACAGAUUGAGGAGAAAGCGGACAGCAUGAACUUCUCCGCCAUGACGCUGACGCAGAUCAAGCGGCAAGAAAUGGACUCCCAGGUGCGGGUAUUAGAGCUGGAGAGCCAGUUGCAGAAGGAACGGCAGCGCCUGGGCGAGCUGCGCAAGAAGCACUAUGAGCUGGCAGGUGUGGCCGAGGGCUGGGAUGAGAAUGGUACAGAUUUGGCUCCCUGAGACAGCCAGAGGAAGAGAUCACAUGUAGGUUCCAUUGAUGUGGCUCCUUCCGAAGACGAACGAUAAACUAGUUUGGAACAUACCGCAAAGCCUGUGCCCACCAAGACAUUCCUCUCUCUCUCUCUCUCAUGCUGGUCAGGCCAGGGUGCCCUCCUGGCCAAGAUGGUAGCAGCGCAGGCUGGCAAAGAGGGAAUGGUAGUUCUCUCCUAAGCAGCAUCAAUAGCAUUGUCCCUCCAUAGCCACAAGACGCUAGCUCUGUGCUCCAUAUGUAUUACAGCUUUGCAGCAUUGUUGCAGAGCUGCAUUCCCCUCCCCCUUUCUUCCUUAUUUGCACAGCCUCUGGAGCUGCCGGUUGGCCUUGGCUCUUGACCACACCAGGGACCAUGGUGGUCUCACUGAUCAUGCUGCUGCUCCUUUUGCUGUCUCUUCUUGGGAUCACAGCCAAGACGCUGGCAGGAGAUUCCGAUACUGCUGUUUUGAGAUGGGGGGAGUAGAGGUGCGCAGCUGCCCUUUUCCAGCAAGUAAGAGGCCUGGGAACAAGAAUAUGUGGGGUCAAAAGGAGCUUUAGAGGCAGCCAUAACGGCACAAAAGGGACUGGUCUGCAAGGCGCUCAGUACUUGGUACAGAAGGCUAAUGUGAGCUGAGCCAUCCCAAGAGUUCUGGCCAAUCCGCCUGACCUCCGAAAAAGCCCCUUUGAAAGGUGUUUGGGGGCUGGCAGGAAGCAUUCCUUGUCUCCAGGAUCUUUCUCACUAGCCCAGUGCCUGCUCCAGGAUCUUUCUCACUAGCCCAGUGCCUGCUCCAAUCUCGCUUCAGCCGAACGGAUCCUUUUCUGCUGCCUCAAAGUAGUUCACUGUGUAUUGUGCCAGCCACGAACAGCUGAGAAUCCAGGAGCUGGAAAAGCUGAUGGUGCAAGGGCGGGGGGGGGGGAUGCUGAUGGGCCUGAAGCUGCUUCGUUUGUGUUUCAGAUUGCAAGGGGUUCCAGCUGCUGGUUGCAGAUCAUACUGGUUGCCUUUCUGCCACGUGAAUGAUUAGAGCCAGACAAACCCGAGUGCUGAUAGAGCUGUUAGAGCCAGGCAAACCCGAGUGCAGCUGCUCCUAAGCCAUUUGAGCCCAUCAGAGCCCAGGAGAAGCGGGCAAGGAAUCUAGGAUGGAUCCUGGAGUCUAACAUAGAUUUGGCUUCUCUUUCACACUGCUGCUAGCAAUUAGAUGCAGUCAGGCUGAGUUGCCUCUGGCACCUCACGAUCACUGUGACCCUCUUAAGGGAAGACAACAGCUCUUGGUUUGAGUGACUGGCUAAGAAAGCAAAGAAUGCCCUUCUACCCAGAAGAGGGGUAUAUGUGCUGGGACCGGACAUGCCAUGUCCUUGUUGACUCUGGCUCCUGAAGGAACACAGGGAGGAAUUCAAUACUGGCGCCCUAAGCAUGUGAAGUAAUAUUUUUUUGCAAGUGAUGCUUUUAUUCUUAAUUAGUAGAACGCAUCUGAGUUGCCUGAGAAGAAGUUGUCUUCUUGGAGACUCUUAAUCAAAACUCUGUUGUCAUUACUUUUAAGUUCAGAACGCUAAUGUCUAAAGGACAAGCUUUCAAGAGCUUGUUUUACAUUCCUGAGGUAGCCAUAUUGCAUAUUCGAAAACAUCCAGAGAUCUGAGGACCAAGGAAUGCGGGACUGCAAGCGGAAACUAGUCGAAUGAGUCAUUUGUAAAGUAGCAGAAUGUAGGGAAGUCCUUAUGAAUUCACUGGAAUGUGUGGGAGUUUUGGUCAGACGGCGGUAGGUCACAAACAAACCAGGCCUUACAUGUUUCUUGGGGGAGGAUGUGACCAGGGAUUGGAUGCUGGUGGUUACUUCUGGCUUUGACCAUUCAGGAUAAACACACAAUCCACAAUGCCCUUGUUCGAUGAUGCGGUUCCAAUAUCGCAUAGAGAUGACAGGUUCCCUUUGUAGUGGCUGAUUCAAGCAGGUUCUUCUCUCUCAAAGUCACACUGCCCGCUACGGGGCUUCCUUCUGCAUUUUGUCAAUUGCUUCAUUGGCACAGCAUUCUCUUUUAUCAUUUUUUCCAGUGUAAUCCAUUCCGUCCCCAUAGCAGUGAAAACAUCUGUUUCCAGUGGUGGCCAGCUGAGCUUUUCAAAUAAUAUUUUUCAACCCAGCUCUUGCUGUACAGAGAGGCCUUGGGAAAGUCUCGGCCACCUGCAUCUGGUUGAACUUUCCAGUAAAGUACACCCAGAGUAAAAGAAUGACCUGAGCGUGGCAGUCAGUCCUUCGAGCCACAUCAGUGGCUGUCAGAACGGCAACGUUUCCCUGCCUUUGUUCCCUUGCUGGGAUUACACCAUUAGUGGCCAGAGAACAUCUGGGCAGGGAGAUUGUACUUUUCCCCCCUGGCCUGGUUCCUCCACCACCCUGCCAAAAAAAUAAAUCGGUGCAAACGUUCUAGGGGCAGAAUCCUGGGUGGUCUUCUAGUUCCAUACCCCAGAUAGGGUAACGUCAGCCUGAAGCUGCAUGUGGCCUUGCAGCCUCAGAUAGUGCCCACCCCAGAUCUGGUUUCUUCAGGCCCAGUGGUCUAUUUCAGCUACACGGUGGGAAGAAUUCAGGUCAGAAAAACCCAGCCAUGUAUCCUUAACUCCCUUCCACCUAGCGAGCUAUACUUUAGAGCGAACUGCCUCAUCUGAGAAGGUUUAUAUGUAGCGAGCAUAGCUCAUUUAUCCAGAAGCGAACACAGGAAGCUGACCGGUAGAAUGGAGAGUGGGUUAGUUGUGGCCUUGCCUUGCAGUGAACAGGAAAGGUCUCUUGUGGUACUCUGCUUGCAGACGUAGCCUUUGACAAUGUCAGGUCCUCUGCCGGGAUCCCUUGUGUUCCCCACCCCCCAGGUUACUCGCCGAGAAGCCUGUCUGUUGCACACUGCCAUCCUGGGGCAGAGGGAGUGUUUUGCUUUCCCAGUCCCUUGAGGAUCUCUGCCUACCCACUCCAGCCUCCACUGCUCAGAUAGCCUAACAAACUGGUGCCUGUUAUACCCCAGGCCUUCCUGCCGCUUGACUGGCAGACUGAGAACCAAAUAGCAACUCCUCCCACCGCCAGCUCGAAUGAGGUCACAUGGCUGCCCAUCCUCUCCAAAGCAAUAGGAACCGCCCUGUUGCCAUAGCACAGGUAGAGGAGCUGAUAUGGUGUCGACCCCUCCCUCCAGCUCAUACUUCUCCAGGGACACCCCAACUCCUCCCCCCCACCCCAGUGCCCCUAUACUACCUCAGGUUUUCAGGCUGAUUUGCCACACACGUCGGGGGGCAAAAAGGAAGAGGAUGAGGACCAGCUGGAGAAGUUUGCCGUGGCGCUAGCAGAAAGGAGCCAUUUUGGCGUGAAAUAGAACGAUUCUUCCUCAACGCUUGCUCUUUCUCUUCCUUUUACUUUUCUUAAAUUCGGGGGUGGCAGUGAACAAACUUCCACAAGAGCAGUUCCCUGUAAGCGGCUCAGUCCGCCCACCAUGUGCUGUGGGCCGCCGCCAAUCGGUCCAGGCAGCCAGCUCGUUUUCUUUUCUUCCAACAAAACUUUUAAUUAUUGUAUUAAAUACGAGGAUUUUUUUGUAUAAUAUGUUGAAUGUGUGUUUUCAAUUUUUAAAUAAAUAUUUCAACCCA